ACAUCGGCGCGGGCGCACCUUGGGACGUUUAAAAACUCCUAUUAUGCGUCGGACUCUAAUCUCUGUACUCGAAAAGCAGUUAUAGGUGCGUCUUAGAGACCCGAGGUGUAGGGCGAUGGAGACGGAAGAAGGUGUGCCGCUGUCGGCGUCGCGACAGAAGGGCGGGCGCCGGUGGCUGGCGGCCGUGGAGCGGCGGCUGCCGGUGGUGGCGUGGGCGCGGCGGUACGACCGGCUGACGGCCGUAGCGGACGCGGUGGCGGGCGUCACGCUCGGCCUCACGCUCGUGCCGCAGAGCAUCGCGUACGCCGCCCUCGCCGAGUUGCCAGUGCAGGUCGGCCUUUACACCUCGUUCGUGGGCGCCAUUCUGUACACGUUCCUGGGCACAGUGAAGGAGGUAUCCAUCGGGCCCACCAGCCUGAUGGCGCUGUUGACGCUGCAGGCGUGCCGCGGCCUCGGCCUGCAGUACGUGGUGUUGCUCACCUUCCUCUCCGGGGUCGUCGUCAUGCUCAUGGGCUUGUUGAGACUGGGGUUCAUAGUGGACUUGAUAUCGCCAUCGGUGACGAGCGGGUUCACGUCUGCGACGGCGGUGAUCAUAGUGGUGUCGCAGCUGAAGGGCGCGCUGGGGCUGAGUUUCAGCGCGGCCUCGGCGCUGGACCACGCGCGCCAGCUGGCCGCCCACGCGCACCGCACGCGCCCCGCCGACUGCGCGCUCGCCGCCCUCUGCUGCGCCACGCUGCUCGCGCUCAGGGUUAGAACGCUUGUGGACUACACUCAAUUUUCAGGUCACGCUAUGUCAGGCCAUAUGUAGGUAAUACGCGCUUGUGCACUGUCAGGAAUUUUACCGUUCGGAAUUUUACUUUUCUCUAUUCCGGACCGGUCUUUUCAGGUCCGUGAUAGCGGCAGUGAAAAACGUGUUUACGCUUGUGCACUGCUGUGUCCUCGAUCCGGAAAAUUAAUGAGCCUGCGGAGUAGGCUUGGGAAAAAAUAAUCGAUUUAUGAAAAAUCGAUAUUUAUUUCUACGAUAUUGUUAAUUUUCAAUAAACUUAAACUCGAUAUUUAUUGUAGAUUAUAAAAUGCUUUAUUUUGUAUGAUGAUUUAAUAUAGUUGGUAAAUAUCACUGCAUAUGCUUUGGCAAACUCGGUAUAGUUCUAAUUUGAUCAGCGUAUGGUUCUAGUAUCGAUUACUUUCGUAGAUUUUAGCUAGAUUUUAGAAUCGUAUUGAAAGUAUCGAUUACUUAAAGUAAGAUAAAUAAGUGUUGUUACUCUUAGACGCCUUAACAACUGAACCCAUCUUAAUGGAAAUUAAUAUAGAAACAGACUUAACCUUGAGAAAGGACAUAUGCUACCUUUUAUUGCGAAAAAGAGGUGGAAAUAGGGGAUGAAAGUUUGCAUGGAAAUUUUGUCAGUAUCAAAAUUUGCUUUUAGACAAUUGAUAAGUAUAAAUAAAUAUUUGAUAACUAAUCGCUUGAAAUUGUUUUUAUAAAACUUCGAAAAAAAAAUAGCACGAUUAUAAAUUUAAAAAUCAAGUACUAGAACAUUAUAAGUUAUUAUAUGUGAAUAAUGCUGUUCCUAAAUUAAUAUUUUUUACAUCUGAUAGUAGUCAUCCAUAUUACAAUAGUAAAAAAAAUGCUUCCGUCUUGCCUCAAUUUAUUAUGUUUUAUGUGAAAUGAUCCUGUCAGGUCAUUAUUUAGGUACCUUUCACUUAUAAGGGGAUGAAUCCAAUAUUUGUUCUGUCUUCUACGUCUUUGCACGUAGAGAAACAAAGCAAGCAAUUACCGACUUUCAAAAAUCUCAUCUGGAUGCGGGAGUCCUGCGCCUCCCGUUGGAAAUCUUUGGGAGAGGCCUAUGCCCAGCAGUGGGCGUCUCUCGGUUGAUAUGAUGAUGAUGAUGAAAAAUCUCAUCGUCGUAAGUAACGUGUAUUUUCAAAGAGAGCUGCCCUAAACUGCGCUGCUCCGAUCAGGAGAAAAAAGGACAAGUGCACAAGCUACUCAUCCGGGUUUUUCAUGUCAUUUCGGACCGGAAAAAAUCGGUCCGCCGGACCUGAAAAUUCAAUGUAGUGCACAAGCGCCCUUACUGAUACACCCCCCCACCCUGCGGGGCACAGGCCAAGUCUGAGGCAGGCCGGACGGUUUAACCACUGCCUCUUUCGAGCUCCACUCUACGCCAUCAAAUUAAUACUAUAUCUAUACGCUGAAAGUUCAUUGCUUUUUUUAUGUCACACUGGUCAUCGUAAAAAAGUGAAAGACAUUCCGGUGCGCGGUGCGGGGGCGCGCAAGGCCCUGUGGAUGCUGUGCAUCAGUCGCAACGCUCUGGUCGUGGUGGCCGCCUCCACAUUCGCGUACUGCACGCAUCGGCCCGACCGAGAACCGCUCGUCCUCCUAUCCGGUCGAGUGAAGCCCGGCCUGCCGAGUAUCUCGCUGCCUCCGUUCAGCGUGACGGAGGGCAACGUGACGGUGCCGUUCACGGGCAUGGUGCGCCGGCUGGGGCCGUCCGUGCUGCUGCUGCCUAUGGUCAUGGUGGUCGCCAACAUCGCCAUAGCGAAAGCCUUCACGCGCGCGGGCCCCGUGCGGGCGUCGCAGGAGAUGGUGACGUUGGGCGCGUGCAACGCGGCGGGCGCGUGCGUGGGCGCCAUGCCCGCGUGCGGCGCCUUCACGCGCUCCGCCGUCGCGCACGGCUCCGGCGUGCGCACGCCCGCCGCCUCGCUGUACACGGGUGGGUACACGUCACACCGCCCUAUCGCAUACGGUCGCACGCAACGCGGCGGGCGCGUGCGUGGGCGCCAUGCCCGCGUGCGGCGCCUUCACGCGCUCCGCCGUCGCGCACGGCUCCGGCGUGCGCACGCCCGCCGCCUCGCUGUACACGGGUGGGUACACGUCACACCGCCCUAUCGCAUACGGUCGCACGCAACGCGGCGGGCGCGUGCGUGGGCGCCAUGCCCGCGUGCGGCGCCUUCACGCGCUCCGCCGUCGCGCACGGCUCCGGCGUGCGCACGCCCGCCGCCUCGCUGUACACGGGUGGGUACACGUCACACCGCCCUAUCGCAUACGGUCGCACGCAACGCGGCGGGCGCGUGCGUGGGCGCCAUGCCCGCGUGCGGCGCCUUCACGCGCUCCGCCGUCGCGCACGGCUCCGGCGUGCGCACGCCCGCCGCCUCGCUGUACACGGGUGGGUACACGUCACACCGCCCUAUCGCAUACGGUCGCACGCAACGCGGCGGGCGCGUGCGUGGGCGCCAUGCCCGCGUGCGGCGCCUUCACGCGCUCCGCCGUCGCGCACGGCUCCGGCGUGCGCACGCCCGCCGCCUCGCUGUACACGGGUGGGUACACGUCACACCGCCCUAUCGCAUACGGUCGCACGCAACGCGGCGGGCGCGUGCGUGGGCGCCAUGCCCGCGUGCGGCGCCUUCACGCGCUCCGCCGUCGCGCACGGCUCCGGCGUGCGCACGCCCGCCGCCUCGCUGUACACGGGUGGGUACACGUCACACCGCCCUAUCGCAUACGGUCGCACGCAACGCGGCGGGCGCGUGCGUGGGCGCCAUGCCCGCGUGCGGCGCCUUCACGCGCUCCGCCGUCGCGCACGGCUCCGGCGUGCGCACGCCCGCCGCCUCGCUGUACACGGGUGGGUACACGUCACACCGCCCUAUCGCAUACGGUCGCACGCAACGCGGCGGGCGCGUGCGUGGGCGCCAUGCCCGCGUGCGGCGCCUUCACGCGCUCCGCCGUCGCGCACGGCUCCGGCGUGCGCACGCCCGCCGCCUCGCUGUACACGGGUGGGUACACGUCACACCGCCCUAUCGCAUACGGUCGCACGCAACGCGGCGGGCGCGUGCGUGGGCGCCAUGCCCGCGUGCGGCGCCUUCACGCGCUCCGCCGUCGCGCACGGCUCCGGCGUGCGCACGCCCGCCGCCUCGCUGUACACGGGUGGGUACACGUCACACCGCCCUAUCGCAUACGGUCGCACGCAACGCGGCGGGCGCGUGCGUGGGCGCCAUGCCCGCGUGCGGCGCCUUCACGCGCUCCGCCGUCGCGCACGGCUCCGGCGUGCGCACGCCCGCCGCCUCGCUGUACACGGGUGGGUACACGUCACACCGCCCUAUCGCAUACGGUCGCACGCAACGCGGCGGGCGCGUGCGUGGGCGCCAUGCCCGCGUGCGGCGCCUUCACGCGCUCCGCCGUCGCGCACGGCUCCGGCGUGCGCACGCCCGCCGCCUCGCUGUACACGGGUGGGUACACGUCACACCGCCCUAUCGCAUACGGUCGCACGCAACGCGGCGGGCGCGUGCGUGGGCGCCAUGCCCGCGUGCGGCGCCUUCACGCGCUCCGCCGUCGCGCACGGCUCCGGCGUGCGCACGCCCGCCGCCUCGCUGUACACGGAUCGACGUGCAGACCGUGGUGGCGCUGUGGCGGCGCGACCGGCGCGAGGUGGUGGUGGUGUGGUGCACGCUGGGCGUGGGCGUGGCCGCCACGGUGGAGCUGGGCGUGCUGGCGGGCGUGGCCGCGGCGCUCGCGCUGCUGCUCUACGACCUGGCCGGGCCCCACCACACCGCACGCGACACGCUGCGGCUGAUCAAGGUCAGUUUCAAUUUCGUUGUUCUUUGGAUCCGAGAAAACUACGAAGUUAUUUUCAUUUUUUAGGUCACGUGAUAGGUAAGAAAUUUUAGAUGAUCGCGUAGCGUAGCGUAGAAUGGCGCCAUUCAAUGAAAUGGCUAGCCGCCCAAUCGAAUGGCUGAUAUAAUACGGCAGACAUAUAUACCUAGCGGAGAAAGUAUACUUGGGCUUUGAUGUUUUAGUCGUUUCAAUAUUUUUUUUCUAUUUUUAUUUGAAACUAUUUAUAUGAUCGAGACGCGGGGCGGGCAGGCGGUGGUGUGGCGGCCGCAGCGCGCGCUAGUGUUCCUGAACGUGGAGCGCGCGUGUGCGCACGUGCUGCACACACUCGCGCGCACGCACACAGACGCGCGCACGCACACAGACGCGCCCGCGCACGCACACACGCUGGCGGGCGCGGGCGGCGCGCUGCUGCCGUACGGCGCGGGCGGCGCGACGCUGCAGCGGCUGGCCGCCUCCGCGCUGCAGCAGCGCGCGCUGCACGCCCGCACCGCCGCCGCCGCCGCCGCCGCGCUGCACACCGCCGCCGCCGAGGCUGCGCCGCUGCUGCGGGACCAGGCGCCCGAUGCGCCCGCCCCUGACUGUUCCGUGUGA